UGUAAAACCCGUAGGUUCACGUUUAGGGACAAUUCAAAGUGACCGUUCCGAUGAUGAUGACUCCUCUACCUGAACCCUAAGCAGUGCCCCAGGCCUAGCAGAGUAGCAGUAAUAGCAGGGAGCGCAGGAGUGCAGGAACAGGAACGGGACCUGGACCACCGGAAAUAUGAUAAUCGUCAUCUUCUCUUCCCGGAUGCCGUAGUUGCGUACUGCGCACGGAGCUCACAUGAUUACAGUCGCAGCGACAGACAUUAUCAAAAAAUUAUAGUCCCAGAAACAUUAUCAAAAAAUUACAGUCCCAGAAGCACAUGUUUUUCCGACACGUGGCAAUGUUUCCGGCAACACUGCAAAUCCAUCGGACCGCGCCGCCCCUUUUCCCCAGUCCCCCUCUAGUAAACGGGAUCACAGUAGAUACUGCAAAAAUGCAACUCUUUUGGUUUCUCUUCCUCCCAGAUUCAUUUAUCCGUCUAUAAUUUAUAUGAGUUAUCUUUGCCAAAAAAAAAUUUAUAUGAGUUAUGACCAAUUGCUUUGCUCAAGAGACGAAAAUUCUCUCAUUGCGAAAUCCUUUUAAGCACGAAAGCUCUUUAAUCUCCCUUCUCUUAUUUUAAUGGAACUCAGUAACCGACUUUUCGCAUGUUGCAGUUGUCUCUCUAAAUUCUAAAAGAUUACUUAGCAAAAGGCCUCCUUUUUCCAUUGUUUUCCUCUUUUGAUAAGAAAAGUGUGCUUUUUUUUCCUUCUUCUUUCACCUCCCCCUCUCCUUUUUUAUUUUUCAUUAAUUUUUUGGAGUUUGGUUGAGUGUGGUGGAUUCUGCAGAUGACCUGGUUUGCUUCGAAGAAAUCUGGGGUUCUCUUUUUUAAUUUUAAUACUCUUCCUUUUUUUUUUUUUAAUGGGGGAUUUGAGUCAAGAAACUUUUUAGAUUAUUGAGGUUUAUCCUGUCAUCAAUCUGCAUUUCCGUGUCUUUCGAUUUCUCUUCUUUCAAGUUGGGUUGCUGCUGUGGUCGCUGAUGGUUUCGUGAUCAGAUCUGCAUUUGGCUGCGUACAGCAAUCCUUACAGGCAUUCCUGUCUUGUCGAAAUCGUGAGCCGGUGGUAGUUCACUAAUCCACAUUUGCACUCUCUGGUCUCUGUCUAUAUCUUUGUUGUUUUGAAACUCUGGGUUUUUACUUUAUUUUGUUACAAUUCGUCGUUUCUCUUUUGCUUCUGCUUCCCCUUCAAUCAGGGUGCUGGUGUUUCUGCUCAAAUAGAGAGUGAAGGAGAGAUUUAGUCCACGAAGGGAAAAACUACUUGGGGUUCUCUUCAUGAUAAGAUCAUGAGCUGCUGCCCUCAGAUGAUGUCUUAAGAUCGAAGAUUUUAUUUUCUGGAUGCUGUGGGCUUGAACCAGAGACUGCUCUGGUCGAAAUGGCGUCCGCGGAGGGGAGGCGUAAUCAUCGUAAUCUUGUUCCACUAGCCGCCUUGAUUGGCAGAGAGAUGAGGAGCGAGAAGAUGGAGAAGCCUAGUGUCAGAUAUGGGAAUGCUGCGCAGUCUAGGAAGGGGGAGGACUAUUUUCUUGUGAAGACUGAUUGUCAGAGGGUCCCUGGGAAUUCUUCCACUACUUUCUCUGUAUUCGCGAUCUUUGACGGGCACAAUGGGAAUGCUGCGGCUAUCUUUACGAGGGAAAACUUGUUAAAUCAUGUACUGAGUGGAGUACCCCGAGGACUUGGACGGGAUGAGUGGCUUCAAACUUUACCCCGGGCAUUAGUUGCGGGGUUUGUGAAGACUGACAAGGAAUUCCAGAGCAGAGGAGAAACUUCUGGAACCACUGCUACAUUUGUAAUAGUUGAUGGAUGGACUGUGACAGUUGCAUCUGUAGGAGACUCGCGUUGCAUUUUGGAUGCUCAGGGUGGUGCCAUCUCUGUCUUGACUGUUGAUCAUAGGCUUGAGGAGAAUGUGGAGGAGCGAGAACGUGUUACUGCUAGCGGAGGUGAGGUUGGGAGGCUCAGUGUCAUAGGUGGCGCCGAGGUUGGUCCCCUCCGUUGUUGGCCAGGGGGUUUGUGCCUUUCAAGGUCCAUUGGGGAUAUGGAUGUUGGGGAGUUUAUAGUACCAAUUCCAUUCGUCAAACAAGUGAAGCUAUCGAAUGCUGGGGGAAGGCUUAUAAUUGCUUCAGAUGGGAUCUGGGAUGCACUAUCUUCCGAGAUGGCUGCAAAAUCUUGUCGUGGUUUGCCGGCAGAGCUUGCUGCUAGGCAAGUGGUUAAGGAAGCAUUGAGGAUGAGAGGGCUGAAGGAUGAUACGACCUGCAUUGUUGUUGAUAUAAUUCCUCCUGAUAAGUCAGUGCCUCCUUUGCCAACUCCAAAAAAGCAAAAUAGGUUCAAAUAUCUCAUCUUCAGGAAGAGGUCCUGUGAUUCGGCAAAUAAACUAGCAAAGAAGCUGUCAGCUGUAGGCAUAGUGGAGGAGCUCUUUGAAGAAGGCUCCGCAAUGCUUGCAGAAAGACUUGGAAAUGACUCGUCAGCUGGGCAGGCCACAUCUGGUUUUUUCACGUGUGCCGUUUGCCAAGUUGAUCUGGCUCCAAGUGAGGGAAUUUCCGUUCAUGCUGGUUCCAUCUUCUCCACCAGCUCAAAACCUUGGCAAGGUCCGUUUCUUUGUGCCGACUGUCGUAAUAAGAAGGAUGCCAUGGAAGGAAAGAGACCUAGUGGAGUUAAAGUGGUGUAAUGUUGUACCUUACCCUCUGAUAUCACCCCUGCACCUUGUAUUUGUUCUUCUCACGGCCCAUUAUUAUUGGCCAGUCCAUUAUUUGGAACUCAGUAUGAUGAUGCAUCCCAUGUAUAUGUAUUGUUUACAGUUGUGCCAUCUGAAGAGGGUUAUUUCAAAUUUUUUUCCUUUUCUAU